AUGAAUCAGCAGUCAAGGAGUAGAGAAAAAGGACCCCGAUUCCUGCUCGAAUCCCAAUGUGACUGCUGCUCAGCGGACCAUGCGAGACGAAGACAUGCUCGGAGAAGGCAUCGGUGUUGUGCUCCACUCCAAGGUGUUGGCGUCCAAGGCAUAGAUGGUAUCGCCAGCGUCUUCAAAGCAAGAGAAAUAGAAAGCGCUGGGGCCGAUCGCGCUGGUGAAGACCUCCGGAUCGUCAAGCACAGGGCCGCCGCCUGGUGUGUUUCCGUCGCCGAUUGCAGUCCACGAAGGCCGAUCGCAGCCAUUGCGGAUCUCCAGAAUGCCGCUCAGCCUCCUUCCCGCCUUGUCAUCGCUCGUGCCCAUGCAUUCUUCCGACUCCUGCGAGGUAGCAACCGCGACGAACACUCCGGGUCCCGGAUCCUUGCCACGGUAGGAGAUGCUGUUCGGGAUAGCCGGGAAGAGUCCGGCCAGGCAGCCGGAGGUCGGAGAGUAGAGCACUGCGAACCGAUUUGGGCGGAGCCACAAGAAGUUGUCCUGGUCCUUGAGACAGCACCCGGGAAGAGCGAUGGAGACAGUGGCCGCUUCCGACGCCUCCGGUCCUUCUUUUUCUUCGUCUCCGGCGACCAUUUCCAGCUUGUACCAGGAACGCAGUACCGGAUCAAACGCGAAGACACACUGGAAGCUUGGGCCGUGCACUUGCAUCCAGGUUUCACAGCGAUUCUUGGGCUUGAAGCUCGAGCUGCGGAGGAGCGACCGGAUUCGCCUGGAUACUCCGGAGAGUUUCGCCUGUGUCCCAAAGGAAGCGGACGAGAAAAUCUUGCGGAGAAUGUCUCGAGUUCCGGAGGCGAUGACGCUGACCAUGAAAUGCUGUGCGAGCCAGGCACCUUAGCAGCUUACUCAAGCAGUUAUCUAGAUGCUUCGUUCGACGAUCUCGACGCUGUGACAACGAAAGCAACUUGGUCGAUGCAAAACGAACACUCGACACUAUACUAUUAAGAAGACUUUCCUUGCCAGUCCUCUCGCGGCUCUGCCCAGAAGCUGGGCACACCUACUGCAAUCGCCUGUUUAUAUCCUGCCUUGUUCCGUUAUUCAGCAAACAACCAAGGAAAAAGGAAUAUCUCUCACCUGGUGAUUACACUGGCGAUUUCUUUCUGAAGUUGGUCAAUCCUUCGUGCGUGCUACUUUCAGCACCUUCACAUCCUUCGCGUGAGCGAGUGAAAAGCUCCCGAGUUAUAGAACAUGAUAUUAGCCAGAACAGAGUCAAUCGAACCUCCUUGGACCGCCAGAGAUUCUACGAGAGCGCAGCUUCUCAAUAACACGAGUUUGUCAGCUUUAUAACAGUAAACUACAAAGUGACGCGGCUUUGGCUGCCGAAGAAAGGAAGACGCAGAAAGGGAAGGAUGCUUUGCAAGCUGAAGAUGAAGUCAAUAAAUGACGAACUUUCUCUUUUGCGGGCGGAGCUCCUUCGCGUCUCAGAAGAAAAGGACAACUA